AAAAUAUUGUCAUGUUUGUUGACAAUCUACAAAUUACUUAGCGAAUAGUUUUAGGUUAUAAAUAUUAUUUUAUACCUAUUAUUUUGUUUUCUAAAGAACAUUGAAAGUAAACAUGCCUGAAAUGGAAAUAAAAAGAAAAGCGGACGACUAUUCCGUCGUCCCAGCCAAGCGGACACGUCAUGAAAUAUCUGUUGUCGGUACUAGAGAAAAAGCAGUGGUCACUUCUGCAGUGCCUCGUACUUCAAAUCUAUAUGCUCCCAUCAUGUUACUGGAGGGCCACCAGGGAGAAAUAUUUUCAGCUAAAUUCCAUCCUGAGGGUAAACAUUUGGCAUCUGCAGGCUUUGAUAGACAAAUAUUUUUAUGGAAUGUGUACGGCCAAUGUGAAAAUGUGAUGGUGAUGAGUGGUCACACGGGCGCCAUCAUGGAGCUGUGCUUCUCCCCAGAUGGCUCACACCUGUACACGUGCGCCACGGACAACACAGUUGCCGUGUGGGACGUACCCACCGGUACUAGGAUUAAGAAACUUAAAGGGCAUUCCAAUUUUGUAAAUUCUGUAUCAGGUGCAAGAAGAGGCCCAGAACUACUAGUUUCAGCUUCAGAUGACAACACAAUAAAACUGUGGGAUGCCAGGAAAAGGAACCCAAUCGCUUCCUUUGACAGCACAUACCCUGUCACAUCUGUACUCUUCAACGACACUGCCGAGAAAAUAAUAUCAGGGGGCAUUGACAAUGUGAUCAAAGUGUGGGACAUUAGAAAUAAUCAGAUAGCAUACAAAAUCAAAGGACACACAGAUACAGUUACAGGGUUGUCCCUGUCGUCGGACGGCUCGUACCUGUUAUCAAACUCGAUGGAUAACACGCUUCGCAUCUGGGACGUGCGGCCGUUCGCGCCGUCUGACCGCUGCGUGAAGCUCAUGUCGGGGCACCAGCACAACUUCGAGAAGAACCUACUUCGCUGCGCCUGGUCACCAGACGGCUCCAAGGUAUCAGCAGGAUCUGCAGACCGGUUCCUGUACGUUUGGGACACUACGACGCGACGAGUGUUGUAUCGACUGCCAGGGCAUAACGGAUCACUCAACGACGUGCACUUCCACCCCACAGAGCCGAUCGUGCUGUCAGCGUCCAGCGACAAGCAGAUAUACCUCGGCGAGAUAGAACAUUGAUGUAUCAAGUAAACAUGAAUAAGAUAAGCAGCAUGCACGUGACAACCUC